AACUCUGUACGUCAAAAAAACAAAAAACUCCAAACCCUUUUUGGGACAAAUCGUAAUUUGAGAAACCUUUCGUAUGGCAUUAACCGAUCGAAAUUGAGAAAAAAAAAGAAAGCUUCAAAAUGUCAACGACGACGAACACCACAGAAUCGGAUUCAUCAUCUCUACCUUCUACUCGCGUCGGCAGAUCAAACUCCGACGGAAUCAUCGACACGACACCGUUUCUUCCUCCAACCGUAUCACGAACCAUAAGCGUAGAUGAAGAAGAAUCGAAUCCGAUUCAUCGAUCCGCUAGACGACAAGGUCUAAGAGAAGCAGCGAGGUUCUUACGUCACGCCGGUAGCCGGAGGAUGAUGCGUGAACCGUCGAUGCUCGUUAGAGAAACCGCGGCUGAGCAAUUGGAAGAGAGACAGAGUGAUUGGGCGUAUUCUAAACCUGUGGUGUUUCUCGACAUUUUGUGGAAUCUAGCUUUUGUUGCGAUCGGUGUUGCUGUUCUGAUUCUUAGCCGUGACGAGAGGCCUAAUGUGCCGUUGAGAGUUUGGGUUGUUGGUUAUGGGAUUCAGUGCUGGUUACAUAUGGCUUGUGUUUGUGUUGAGUAUAGGCGGAGGAGACGGCGGCGUAGGGGAGGUAUGCGUCAACGGUCUUUAUCUUCAUCUUCUUCAGAGGAUGGUGGUGGUCUUGGGUUUACUAAUUCGUCGCAGCAGUAUGUUUCGUUAGCUCAAUUGGAAGAUAGAGGAAGUACUAGUAAUCCUGCGAAGCAUUUAGAAUCAGCAAACACAAUGUUCUCAUUCAUCUGGUGGAUUAUUGGAUUCUACUGGGUUUCAGCAGGAGGCCAAACACUAUCUGGUGACUCUCCUCAGCUAUAUUGGCUGUGUAUCAUUUUUCUCGGUUUCGAUGUGUUCUUUGUCGUGUUCUGUGUUGCGCUGGCUUGUGUUAUCGGCCUUGCUGUUUGCUGCUGUCUUCCAUGUAUAAUUGCAAUUCUAUAUGCUGUUGCCGACCAGGAGGGAGCAUCAAAGAACGAUAUUGAUCAAAUACCGAAAUUCAGAUUUAGAAAGAGUAGCAACAAUGAAAAGCUCUCAGGUAUAAUGACGGAAUGUGGAACAGAUUCACCUAUUGAACGCUCGCUUUCUCCAGAAGACACGGAAUGCUGCAUUUGUCUAUGUGAAUAUGAAGAUGGAGCCGAGCUAAGAGAACUCCCUUGUAACCAUCACUUUCAUUGCGCUUGCAUUGAUAAAUGGCUUCGUAUAAACUCACGUUGUCCGCUCUGCAAGUUUAACAUCUUGAAGAACGCAAACGAAGAAGAAGUCUAGUCAAAUCACUUUGUGGUUUAUAGGAUCAGUAUCAACCUGAACCAUCCCAGACCAGAAAGUUUCAGAUAUACAUAUGUAAACUCUGGUUCGUGUUUUAGUGCUGUGUUUAGAGUAUGUAGUCCAUUAUCACCUCCUGUGAUUUUUAGUACAGUGCCUUGGGGAAAAUGGGAAGUAGUCCUUGCAUAGUUCCACUGUACCUGCUCUAUUUUUCUUGGUGUGAAACGUGGAAACAGAGCUUUGUGUUUCUCGUUUAUUUAAUGGAAAAAGUAAAAACAUUUAGAAACAAA